CCUGUGCGUGGUAGUGUGCUCUGGGCAGCCGGUCUUCCGGCGUCCUCUGGUAGCCGAUGCUGCGGCCCGGGGCCGCCAUCCCCUACUCGGAUUGGCGGCGCUAAGGCGCCGGGGCAGCGCGCGAAAUGUCGUCUGGGCUCCGCGCCGCCGACUUCCCCCGCUGGAAGCGCCACAUUUCGGAGGAGCUGAGGCGGCGGGACCGGCUACAGAGGCAGGCAUUCGAAGAGAUCAUCCUGCAGUAUAACAAGUUGCUAGAAAAGUCAGAUCUUCAUUCAGUGCUGGCCCAUAAGCUACAAGCUGAAAAGCAUGACAUCCCCAACAGGCAUGAGAUAAGUCCUGGACACGAUGGUGCCUGGAAUGAUAGUCAGCUACAAGAGAUGGCCCAGCUGAGGAUUAAACACCAAGAAGAACUGACUGAGCUACACAAGAAACGUGGGGAGUUAGCUCAAUUGGUGAUUGACCUGAAUAACCAAAUGCAGCAGAAGGACAGGGAGAUGCAGAUGAAUGAAGCAAAAAUUGCAGAAUGCUUACAGACUAUCUCUGACCUGGAGACGGAGUGCCAAGAACUACGCAGUAAGCUUCAGGACCUUGAAAGAGCCAACCAGACCCUGAAGGAUGAGUAUGAUGCCCUGCAGAUCACGUUUACUGCCUUGGAGGAGAAACUGAGGAAAACUACUGAAGAGAACCAGGAGCUGGUCACCAGGUGGAUGGCUGAGAAAGCCCAGGAAGCCAAUCGCCUAAAUGCAGAGAAUGAAAAAGAUUCAAGGAGGCGGCAAGCCCGGCUACAGAAAGAGCUUGCAGAAGCAGCAAAGGAACCUCUACCCGUUGAACAGGAUGAUGACAUUGAAGUCAUCAUGGACGAAACCUCUGAUCACACUGAGGAGACAUCUCCCGUGCGUGCCCUCAGCAGAGCAGCCACUAAGCGACUCUCGCAGCCUGCUGGUGGCCUUCUGGAUUCUAUCACUAAUAUCUUUGGUCUGUCCGAGUCUCCCCUUUUGGGACAUCACUCUUCUGAUGCUGCCAGGAGGCGUUCUGUCUCUUCCUUUCCAGUUCCCCAGGAUAAUGUGGAUCCUCAUCCUGGUUCUAGUAAAGAAGUGAGAGUGCCAACAACAGCGAUGUGUGUCUUUGAUGCUCACGAUGGGGAAGUCAACGCUGUGCAGUUCAGUCCGGGCUCCCGGCUGCUGGCCACAGGAGGCAUGGAUCGGAAAGUUAAGCUUUGGGAAGUGUUUGGAGAGAAAUGUGAGUUCAAGGGCUCCCUGUCUGGCAGUAAUGCGGGAAUUACGAGCAUCGAAUUUGACAGCGCUGGAUCUUACCUUUUAGCAGCUUCAAAUGAUUUUGCAAGUCGAAUCUGGACUGUGGAUGAUUAUCGGUUACGGCACACUCUCACAGGACACAGUGGCAAAGUGCUGUCUGCCAAGUUCCUGCUGGACAACGCGCGUAUUGUUUCCGGAAGUCAUGACCGGACCCUCAAGCUCUGGGAUCUCCGCAGCAAAGUCUGUAUAAAGACGGUGUUUGCAGGAUCCAGCUGCAACGAUAUUGUUUGCACGGAGCAGUGUGUCAUGAGUGGACAUUUUGACAAGAAAAUUCGUUUCUGGGACAUCCGAUCAGAGAGCAUCGUCCGGGAGAUGGAGCUGCUGGGCAAGAUUACCGCCCUGGACUUAAACCCAGAGAGAACAGAGCUUCUCAGCUGCUCUCGUGAUGACCUGCUGAAGAUCAUCGAUCUUCGGAUCAAUGCUGUCAGACAGACGUUUAGCGCGCCUGGGUUCAAAUGCGGCUCUGAUUGGACCAGAGUUGUGUUCAGCCCUGAUGGUGGUUAUGUGGCAGCCGGCUCAGCUGAGGGCUCUCUCUACGUCUGGAGCGUGCUCUCGGGGAAGGUGGAGAAGGUCCUUUCCAAGCAGCACGGCUCGUCCAUCAAUGCGGUAGCAUGGUCCCCUUCUGGCUUCCAUGUCGUCAGUGUGGACAAAGGAAGCAAAGCUGUGCUGUGGUCAGAGUAUUGAUGGCACCUUCGAGAGAGAGAGAGAGAGAGAAAGGAGCUGAAGUCGGAGAAGCACCCAGGCUCCUGCGGCGGCUCUGUCCUGGCAGGUGGUGUGUUGGGUGUAGCUUCGAUCUCCAGAGACAAGCUGGAGCCGCGUGGUGCGUGGCCUGCCUUUGAACAGGAUUUCUGAGGAUUUUAGCUGAGGUCUCUAAUGGCCUGAAAGGAUAACACUGAAAAAAUCUGGCCCUGCAGUCACUUAGCAGGGGUUCAGGUUCUUGCCUUGAUUCAGGUGGGAAACACUACUGGCUCUGAUCUUCCAUACCUCAUCGGGGGGAGCACGGUCACCUGCCAGCUUCCUUACUGGCCGGCAGGGCCAGGAACACCCCACACGUGCGCAUGGGUGUCAGUUCUCCCUCUGUGCAUUCUCCCGUCCUUCCAGAGUCGGUUCUGGCCCAAUGCAUGUCCUGUCCCCUUGGGAUGGUUUUCCCGGUGAACUCGCUUGAAUCAUUGGAUUAACAGGAACCCUAAAAGGAUUACCCCUGCCCUCAGCCCACAGGGACUGCCCUGAUUUCUGAGGAGACGACGGGACUGUGGUUCUCCCUGCUGGUCUCUGUCAUUAUUACAAGGCUCUUUCUCUGAUCUCAUCUGAUUACUGUUGGAAUUUCCUUAGGUCUCCUAAACCAUUCUUAGAAAGCAGCUGUUCUUCAAAGCUUCAGGUUACCUUUCUCCCUAACGAUGCUAUACACUUAUUUCUUGGUGAAGAAAUAAAUCUGUUUGGUUAUAAAAUACUUUUUGGAAGUAGGAGAGGAAGUGCAGAAACCUCCCUGCAGGGGAAGUGGGCCUGCUGUGGGAGUAGAGUGGCUUCCUGCAGCCAUCUGUAGACUCCCAGAAAGUGGGCAGGGCGCACGCCACCUUCUUUCUAGGUGUGCCUCAGUGACAGCAGCUGGUAACAAGAGAUUGGAGGCCUCGAAUGUAUUAGCCUGGAGCCAGCAGUUCCGGGUCACUGCCCCUUUGCCACGCCUAUGUGCAAUACCCCUCGGUGCUUUAGUGCGAGAAGCCCGUUCCAAGAAGCAUGGGAAUGUCAUCUUUAGGUGUCGGGAGUUCGGAUCAAGGCCAGGGAAAAUCUGGCCUGUGGCGCCUUUUUUUUUUUUCCUUAAAACAUUUAUCUUUACCAUUUUACCUGUGUAUAUCAUUUUAGUUCCUGAGUGACUGAAACACCAGUACUUUCAUCACUUUUUAAUUUGCACUUUAUUUUUUUCCUUCCACACUUGUUCUCUGGACAGCUGUGGGUAGGAGAGCUGGAGCUGGGUGAGGAGGGGUGCCGUGUCCAUCCUCCCUCUCUCCCUGGCCCUCCUCCCCCCGCCCCUUCCAGCUUGCUGCUCCAAGAGCUCAAGGGGAGGUAGAAUUCGCAGGCCAGGGCGCAUCUUUUAUUUAUUUAUGUUGCCCAACAGAACUUGAUUGUAAAUAAAAAAGAAAUCGGUUAUAUACUUUUCAAACUCUGUGUCUCUUCAUGGUUAUUGUGUGCUCCUCUGUCUUUCCGAGAAAAAGCUGUUUCUUUCAUCUGUUUUCGUGGUAUUUGUUCAUUUCUAAAUAACAGCUAUUUUCCUGGGGUCUCUCCUCAUCGUUCAUCAUUCGAGCCUCCGUUACCACUGCCUGUAAACCAGCAUUCCAGUUUCACAUCACAUGUAAGUCUUAGGAUCUCAUGAAUCUCUGCAUCUGUCCCGUGAGCGCCCAGCGCACUCACAAGACCCCUGCCAUCAGCUCUGUGCUGCAGCCGGUGAGAGUACCCGGUUUCGCACUGGACACUUUGUCCAUAGGAUCGAUGAUGAGCCUUACCGGUCUCCGCUGGUCUCCGGCCUCUUUGCUGAAGGGCCAUGAAUUAUCUCACAGAGGAGUGAUUUGUUUGCAGGACCUUGGGUCUCUAGUAAGCACCCUUGUACUGGGACAAAUCCUGAUCUCCUGGAGCCACCACCCCCACCCCAAAACCUCUGUCCGUUCCCUUAUGACAACUGUUUGUGGGGGGGCGGGGAGACAGCCGAACAUCCACUUCGCCCAGCACCUGAGGGCAGGAUUCUUUUGUGACCUGAAGUCUCAGAGGCAGCCAGCAGUCUCCAAAAAGCCAAAGGAGUCUUUUGUAGUCACUUUCAAGAAGGGUAAGUCAUUCUUAAAAGAGGUGUGAAGUAAGCAUUGCAGUAACCUCCAACUAUCCUGUUUUCUUUGAACUUGGAGGGAAGCUUGGCUGCUCUCCACUUUGAACAAAGAGAGGUUUUGGUUUGAGAUCCAUCUGUACCGUGAAGCUCUCUUCAGGUCACCUGACUGCCCUGGCUGAGUGUAUUUGUGUGGGCUCACACGGGCGGUGGGGGAGGACUUCAUCUGUCUCAUGGUCCUGACACACACCCCCCAAAAUCUGUCCGAUCAUCUGGGACCCUCCCUGCUGCUGCGGCUUCUGCUGGUGGGGGUAGGAGAUGGUCGCAGGAAUUUCUCCAUUUCCCAGAUGAAUCUGGGUGAUUGGAGCUGGUGUGCUCCCUGGUAAGUGAUGGCAGCUUUGACCCAAACACGAACAUACCUCAGAAGUUGAGGAUUUUAAAAACAUUUUUUAAAUGAACUUAAGUUCCCUAGGUCAUUUCCCAAAAUAGUGUGAUAAAUCAAGAUCAGUGCCUUAUUCUUAAAGUACAUGUCACAUACGUACUAGCCUUUGUCCUGUAAGUCCUGCAAAGCCCCUCUGCAUCUUUCACAUCGUGGCAUGCAGGAGAAUUUGUGUGGACACUGGGGUAAUCUCAUCCUGGAGGGGCCAGCCUGGCCCCAAGGGUGGCUUGGUUGGGAAGUUCCAGAUCUCUUGAACAGAGCAAGGUGUGCAGAGCUACCUGUGUUUUCGUGUGGCACAGCAUGACCCUACUUUGAGAGAACUAGAUAUUUUGAAAGGUGCACUUGAAACCCCUCACCCAUGUGGGCACCAGGAAAGAGUGGUCCUGAUGAAAUUCCCCUCCGAGACUGCCGGAUUGCAGAAACCACAAACAUUUCUGGGUUCCUGUGAGGCUUCAGAUCGUAAUCAGAAGCCUAUGGCUCUCAAACCUUGUGAUCUGUGAACUGUGUCCCGUGUCACAACUUGGGGGGAGUUUCAUAGUUAAGUGAGAAGCUCUUCUAGCAUCCUGACCCCUAGUGAGCGCCACGCCUCCAGUCCACACACCCCUCCAGGCCUACAGGGUGAGGCUGCCACCAGAUGGCCUGGGGCUGGCCACAGGGUUGCCUUUACUCCACUCCAUCUUUUCUCUUGUGCCAUAUGGAAAUGCCCACUCGCUAGAAA